CCCAGACCCUAUCCCUCCUGCCUGGGCCAGAGGUAGUGACAGGAUCCACUCAACCUGCGGAGGCAGCGCUGGAGGAGGGCUCCCUGGAGGAGGUGGCACCCUCCAUGCCCCAAAGCAAUGGCCCUGGGGCCUCCCAGGCCCUGGACAGCACUGACCUCGACAUCCCCACAGAAGCUGUGACACGCCAGCCUCAGGGGAACCCCUUGGGCUGCACCCCACUAGUGGCGAAUGGCUCUGGCCACCCAUCGGAGCUGGGCGGCACCAGGAGGACGGGGAACGGUGCCCUGGGUGGCCCCAAGGCCCACCGGAAGUUGCAGACACACCCAUCUCUAGCCAGCCAAGGCAGCAAGAAAAGCAAGGGCAGCACCAAGUCUGCUGCCUCCCAGAUCCCUCUCCAGGCGCAGGAAGACUGCUGCGUCCACUGCAUCCUGUCCUGCCUGUUCUGCGAGUUCCUGACGCUGUGCAACAUCGUCCUGGACUGCGCCACGUGCGGCUCCUGCAGCUCCGAGGACUCGUGCCUCUGCUGCUGCUGCUGCGGCUCCGGCGAGUGCGCCAACUGCGACCUGCCCUGCGACCUGGACUGCGGCAUCCUGGACGCCUGCUGCGAGUCGGCCGACUGCCUGGAGAUCUGCAUGGAGUGCUGUGGGCUCUGCUUCUCCUCCUGACCCGCGGUGUCCCCGGCUGUCACACGAGGCUGGACCGCCCCCUCCCCAGGGCCUCUCCCACCCUCCCCGAGCCCUCUCGGAGCCCCAGCCCGGUGAGAGGGCGGUGCCGGUCCUCCUCGCUGGUUUCCCUGGACGACAGCACCUAAGACCUGGGGGGAGGGGGGACCGUUCCUGGCUCAGCUGCCGGGGCUGCAGAACACUGUGAAAGUUGGGGGCGGGGGCCGGGACACGGGGGAGGCUGGGGUGCUGGGGCUGUGCGCUUUUCUACCUCUCACCGCCCCUGUGCCUGCCUCCCCGCUCCCCUGCCCCCAGGCUUAGAGGACAACAAAAUGUGAAAAGAGACACCCCACCUGACCUCAGCCAAGCCCCUCCCCAGUCUCCCCUCCUGUGGGGCCUGACCCAUACAGUGACCCCAGAGGGCAGGGCUGGGCUUGGGCCCAGGGUGGGGUGGGAGGGGGGAAAGGUAUAGAAAAGACUGGAAGGGGAGAGGGAGGGACUGGAGGGAAGGUCUGUUCUAUUUGUUGCUGUAAAUAAAGAUAUGGGUCCAUCUCACAUUUCCUCAGGACUCAUGAGUGAUGGCCAUGGACCAGGACUCUCAAAAGCAAACACUCCCACAACCCCCCUACAAAGUCCCCAGAUGGAUGGGGCUUUCCUGGCCUCUGAGGUCCCCUCCCUUGUUUCAUGUUCCCCCCUGAGGGAAGGAAGGAAGACGGGUACCCACGCCCUACCUUUAUUUCCCUCUUCCUGCCGAAGGGACGGAGAAGCCCAGAAAGGGAAGAGUUAACCCUUGGCAUAGAAUUAAUUAACAGCAGAUGUGUUCAGGUUUUGAUUAAUUAAUCUCCUGCUGACUCCUGCUUCUCGAAGCCACGAUGGCUCCAAGGCAUAGGGUGACGCCUAUGUCGGUGGCAGAGCAGGGCCUGGGGAGGGGGCAACCCUGGGCCCCCGCACAGCCAGGGCUGCACUGGGAGGCAAGUUUGGCCUGAACGGAGGUCACGUGGCCCAGCCUCAGUUGUCCCCCUGAUUUCCAGGGGGCCUGAGACAGAAGAAAACUGUCAGGACUGACGAGAGCCUCAGAGGUCAGGUGUCCAGAGCCCUUGGGUGCGGAAAGGAGGGGCAGACCGGGGCACUGAGGCUGACAGCGGGGAGGGCUGUGUGGACCAAACCCCUCUCCACCCCAUCCUGGACCUGGAGGAAGCCAGGAGGGGUCCAGGGUGAGAGAGAGGACAGCUCAUGGUUGGACUUGGAUUGUCCUGAGGAGAAGACAUGGCUGAAGAAGGGCUUGAAAAGUGGAGACCUCAUGGGAAACUGGUGGGACGCUGCUUCCAGGAACAAAGGGUGGAGUGGCCUUGACGGAUGCUGGAGGGGAGAAGGGAGCUCAGGAAAAGAGCCAGAUGAAAUCUGAGCUCUCUUAAGGAAUGCCGCAUUAGGGAACAGCCCAUGGCCUUGGGCGUGGGCUGCAGAGUCAGCAGAAGGAGGUGACCAGAGAUGG